GAUUUUACUAACCACGUGCACCUACGUGCGUUCUUUCGAGCUGCUCUUGUAGAAGAGCAUUCCGGAGCAGAACACUUGGAGACAGGUCUCUACAAGCCACAUGAGUAUGCCAUGACUUACAGCCUCCCUUCGCUGAGUCUAGAGUCUCAAGCGGUCUGCAAAUUUCGGAAAGACACAGUCGUUUGAAUCAAUGCUGAAUCAUGCGAGGUUGAAACAAUGCUGAGAUUGAGCACAGCUAUGACUUCAUGGUGAGGCACGCCGUCUUGACCCCAGACUACAGCAAAGACAACGCUCAAGCUUUUUGAGCACCACGAGUGGAUGAAUUGAGCAUUUUUGCUUCGUGGCUAGAACCAACCUUCCAUGCUGUCACCAUCGUUGUCCUGCUCGGCAUAGUCUCGCCUGAAAUGAAAUUCUCGUCUUCGGCCUCACUCAGAACAUCGCUACCAUCUUCAUCGUCGUCCCUUGCGAUGUUUGUGCCUCAAUACAGGCGCCCAGCACUAGCUCUUGCUAAAGGCCAUUCCUUCUUUCACUGGAGUGCCCAGUAUCCGCCCUGCUGCAUUGUCGCGGCAAUCAGCUUCAACCGACUGAUCAAACGUAAGCCCAUGGUAAUUGUGCUGUGUCCAAUCGUCCAUAUUCCACAGCAAACUGUGUGAAUUUCAAGAAGCACUCAUCUAAUUGCAGGCAAACAAGUUCGCCUCAUCGUCCAAGUCCUAGUAUGCAAGUCAGCGAGGCCAGUCAAGAUGCGUUUGUCGGCCUGGCAGUACUCUUGAGACACAGGUCAGAGGUAGAACAGUAUGAUUAGUGGCCCUGCAGUUGUCGCUCG